AUGACAGACGUGCCUUUGCAAAGCGAAGGCGGAGGGGUGCCAGACCGAGGCGCUUCACAGAGCUUCCACAGCCCUGCUGCAACUGCUGACGAUGACGUCAAUGACACCAACGAUUCGCUCGUAUAUCAGGCCUGGACGCAGAGCGGCUUCCCCAUUGUUGACGGAAAAUAUAUUGACAACGGCGCGCUCAGGGACGCCGACCCCGACGAGGCCGUCGUGUCAGGACCACCCGCGCUGGAUUUGUACUGGCACAACCGCUCUCUCGGUCCAGAGCCGGGACUGUUCCGUGGCGUUGCAGCUGCUGGGUUUGUCAAUGUGACAGAGUACAUUGUGAGACUCGGCAGCUUCCUCGCUGAGACCAAGGGCGCUUGCAAGAUUCGGGCAUUGAAUACGACUCUCUACUCAGUCAAUGUCAUUGUGACUACAAACUUAUCUCAGGCGGAAAUGAUGCAGUAUCUCCAAAAGCAUGGGUUGGCGCCCGCAUGGUAG